AUGUCCGGCCUCGAAAUCAUCGGCAUAGCAGCCAGCAUCCUCCAGAUCGCCGACCUCGGCGCGACAGUUUCGGUCAAACUGUGCACCUUCUACCGCCAGCUCAAAUCCGCUGACGAAUCGGCGCAGAGCCUCUCGAGCGAGGUCGCGCUCACCUGUAGCAUUCUCCGCCAGCUAGGCGAGAAUCUGAAGCAGGACGAGCAGACACGACUGUAUUCUGCGCAGGCGUUCGAGACGGCACAGGAUGUGCUGCGUGAGUGCGAGAAGGUCUUUAGGCGGAUUAGCGCGGCGGUUGAUGAGUCGCGCGCGGACGCGACGAAGAAUGCGAUUCAGCGGGCGGCGAGGCGGUUUGGGUUUGUGUUGAUGGAGAGGGAGCUGGAUGUGUUGAAGGGGAAUCUGGAGAGGUUGAAGUCGACGAUGUUACUCCUGUUGAAUGUGAUUAUGUAUGCGGGGCAGUUGCGGAGUCGGGCGGAGUCGUCUGUUCUCCAGGAGCAGAAGGGCCUGAUCAAGGUGUUGGUGGAGGAGAAGAAGGCGACCGAGGCGCGACUCGAGGAGUUGAGGCGAUUCGACCAAUUGGUCAAGGAUCUUCAGUCUGCCGAUAUCAAUAACUCUCAGGGAUCAGCUGGGCAAGAAGCGCUCCCUCCGUAUGAGUCCCUGGAGCAGGAGGGCGCAUUACGUGAACUCCGGACAUACCACCAGCUCGUUAAGCGGCUACUCCAAGAAGUGGAUGCGUGCAGGUCGGGCAUUGAGCGGAGCCGGUAUUCGAGAUUCAGGAACGGAGUGGUCAAGGUGCAUGCAGCCGAGGUUGAGGGGUUUCGACGGGCUCACGGCGAGAUUGCUACUCGACUAUUCGAGGAUCCGCUGUUUAGUCUUGCUCCUGAGACGGAUGUCGUCGAUACACAGAAUCAAGAGGACGACAAGACUGAGGAGGCUGAAAGGCCACAACGCAAAGACGCCGUAGCGAAAAGCAGACGAGUUGACGAGUUUACACGCCAUAGGAGUUUCCCUCCCGAGUCAUAUAAUAGGAAUCGUCUACCUUUACAGCCAUCGGGCUUUAACCCUUACGCUGGUCAGAUCGAGCGUUCUGCUCCUCCGGUUGACAUGAUCAAUGACAGAACCAACCCCUAUCCGCCGGGUGGCAGAGCUUUCUGCGACUACGAAGGAACUAUUGAAGGCAUCCCUCUGCGUAUCGGUCCCAACAUGGCUUCUGGUCGUGCUCGGUCGGACGGCCAGUCUAAUACCAGAGCAAUCGGGCGGCAGAUCAACCACAUUGCUCGGCAACGACAGGCUCCUCCCGAGGGCGACGUAACGCCAUUGGCUGGAGAUGAGGUCUAUUUUGAUGCUAUCCCAGUUCCUGCUACGAAGACAGAGCAAGAAGUCAAGGAAGCUGCUGAUGCGGUGGACAAUUUACUUAUGAAAUGGACGACUUUGGGGCAGGAUGACCUCUUGGCUUGA